GCGGCAGCGGGCAAGGCAGUCCCGAGUGAGCCGCUCUCGCGCGCGCGUGUGCUGCGAUGCUCGGUACGGCGGCGUCGCUCACAGCUGUUGUUUGUCGCGCACUGGCGCCCGGGUAGUGUAGUGUCGUGUGCAUGUGGCCUUCAGUGAGUGAUGCUGCGCUCCGCGACCACGGCCGGCAUGGUAGGCCUGCCGCCGCCGCCUCAUGCGCGACUCUCGCUCUUUGACUCCUGUCACCGUAAGAUCAGGCUCAUUGGCGGUGGUCCGGUUGCCUUCCUCGGAGGACUUGUCGCGAAGGCGAGGCGCAAAGAACGCGAAGGCGAACCUACGGGAGAUCCAAAGCUCUACCUGCAGGAGGCGCUGCUCGAGCGCAAGCUGCCGGAGCUGGACAUGCGGCAGCUGGUGGACCUGCCGCUCGGGCUCGACUACAACGAGUGGCUCGCCUCGCACACUCUGGCGCUAUUCGACCACGUGAACCUACUGUACGGCACAGUGUCCGAGUUCUGCGCGGCCAGCACGUGUCCCGACAUGACGGGUCCCGGCGGCCGCACUUACGCCUGGUACGACGAGCGCGGCAAGAAGUCCCGCGUCGCUGCGCCGCAGUACGUCGACUACGUCAUGACCUUUACGCAGAAGACCGUCAACGACGAAACUGUGUUCCCUACUAAAUACG